AUGAGUACGUACUCAAUGAGUUCACAACAUUUCGUACCAUCUCCUGAUGUCAUGAUGACCAUCGUGUUUCCGACCAUCAUAUUUUGUAUUGGCAUGGUUGUGGCCAUGUUGAUAGGUAUUAACAGGUGUAAACAAUGGGAGUUGGAUAAGAUUGUUGAGAUGAGAAGAACAAGAAGAGUAAUACAAAGGAUAACAGCGAGAUUGAGGGAGAAGAAUUUUAGAACUAUACAGAGUAAGAUAGUGGUAUUUCAUCGAAGGUUGUCUAUGUUAUCAUAUAUUACUUAUUUCGUGCGUUCAAAUAAUUAUGUGCCCCCUUUCGAAGCAAAUUUUAGGUGUUACGGGGCACAGAAUUAUUUGAACAAACUAACAUAAUCAAAAGCAAAACUAAUCAAGUAAAAACCAAAAAUAACCAAGUAUAACAUCUUCAGAAGCCCGUCACAUUCGAAAGCGAGCAGUAGCAUCAGUAAAUUCAGAAACGACGGUGAAUCGAAACUUUAAAGGAUCUCCGGCACCGCCUGUGUACUCCGACCGGUCGGUGCAAUAUUCUCCGGGGAAUUCACCUCCACCAGCCUAUGAUGAUGUGUUAGAUGACUUGUACUACGAAUGUAUGCCGCCGAAUGCCAAAACAAAGAAUAAGGAGCAUUGGAAAUAG